AUGGAGACCUUCCCCGCGGUGGAGCUGGAGCCGCCGCCGCCGCAGCGGCACCUGCCGCCCGGGCAGCGCCUGCCGGGCGGGCGCUACGGCGCGCGCAGCGCCCGCGGCAACGUGUUCAACUCGUGGAACGACUACCUGGGGCUGGCCACGCUCAUCACCAAGGCCGUGGCGCCCGGCGCGGGGCCGCGCCCCGCCGCGCUGGAGGACGACGAGGAGCUGGAGGAGGAGGAGGAGGAGGACGAGGAGGAAGAGGCGGCGGGGCGGCUGCUGGAGGGCGCGCUGGACCUGCGCGCGCUGCAGCUCUGCGGGCGGCCGGAGCGCGGCGGCGCCUGGGGCGGCCUCGUGGUGUCGGCGGGGCGGCCGCCGGCGCUCGGCGGCGGCGCGGGCGGCGGCGCGCGGCUGCGCAAGGCCGGGCUGCCGGGCUGCGUGUUCUGCCGCAACACGCGCGAGGCGGGCGCGCUGCCGGGCGCGCACAGCCUGCGCGGCGCCGACGGGCGCGUGCUGUGCCCCGUGCUGCGCCGCUACACGUGCCCGCUGUGCGGCGCCAGCGGCGACUACGCGCACACCGUCAAGUACUGCCCGCGCGCGCCGCGCCGCCGGCCGCGCUAG